ACAAAAACACUUCAGGGCAUCAAAUGGAGUCUCAGAUUCUUUUUAAAAGAUAAUUUACUUUCAGUGUAGCGGAUGUAGUGAGGUAGAUUAAUGAAAUCAGUUUCAUUUAUUUUCAUUAUAAAACUGAAGUGAGAAAAAAUGGUUAAAUCUGAUAUGGAGUGGAGGAAAAAAUCAAGGAUUAGAUUUUUAAAACCAUGUCGUCCAGCCCUAGUUUGUUUCUGGGUGGAUCCUAAGCUCCUGCUGAACAUCUUCACCGGUUCUUAUAAUAGAGUAGCUCCCUGGAUGAAACCGGGGAUGACAGCAUGAUGCUCUAGGCCAGUUUCCUAACAGUGGGACGGCAUUUUCUACCAAGGAGCAUAGAAAUGAUGACCUCAAUUGGUCUUCAAAUGUAACUUCUAAUGGUUUGAGCUUUAACCAGCAGAACGACAAUCCCAUUAGAACUGGUUUUAAAGCAGGCUAACAUUAAGCUUUCUGAAUGCCUGACCUCAACAAAUUCAAUAUUUGUGGACUACACCCAGAAGCCAGGUCUGUGCAAGAAGACCAUUCUGUGAACAUGAGCUCCACCCAUUCUGCCUUCUUUCUAUAGGGUAUGCAGAUUUCUGUUGUGGUUGCACGCUGCGUUAUCAGUCUAGUGUGGAAAGAGAAGGCAUCAGCCCGAUGGAGGUAACCUUCUGACUGGAGCUCACUGCUGGGAGCUUCAUAGCUGAACUACUGUGUCCAAGCAGUGAUUGCAAACAAGGGGUCAAAUAGUGGUGAGCUCCUAAUGGCUGCAAGAAAUCUAGGACCCCGCGAGAAAAACGGUCAGCAGGAUCAUGGGAGCAGAUCCAAAAAGGCUGAGGGGAGACAUUUGGCCGCUCUGGUCCUGGCUAGAGGGGGAAGCAAAGGGAUCCCACUAAAGAACAUCAAGAUGCUGGCUGGGGUCCCGCUUCUUGGAUGGGUGCUGAGAGCGGCUAUUGACUCAGAGAUGUUUGACAGUGUCUGGGUAUCAACAGAUCAUGAUGAAAUUGAAAAAGUGGCCAAAUCCUGGGGUGCCAAAGUCCACCGCAGAAGUCCUGAGGUCUCCAGAGAUUGCUCUUCAUCGGUGGAAACCAUCCAGGAAUUCCUCAGGAACAACACAGAGGUAGAUGUGGUCUGUCACAUCCAGUGCACAUCUCCCUGCCUCCACCCGUCCCACUUACAGCAGGCCUUAAAGAAGAUCAUAGAGGACGGCUAUGACUCCGUCUUCUCAGUGGUCCGGAGACACCAGUUCCGCUGGAAGGAGGUCAAAGAGGGAAGUGGUGAAUACACUGAGCCAAUAAAUCUGAUUCCUGCAAAGCGUCCCCGGCGACAGGAUUGGGAUGGAGAGCUGUAUGAGAAUGGCUCAUUUUACAUUGGGACCAGGGACCUCAUCCUAAAAGAAAAUUCAACGCAGGGCAGGAAGGUGGCCUAUUUUGAGAUGGAGCCGGAGCACAGCGUGGACAUAGAUGUGGACAUUGAUUGGCCGGUGGCGGAGGAGAGAGUUCUCAGAUUUGGUUACUUUGGUAGAGGAGUGUCUUUAAUGUUCUGUAGGGUUUCCAGAUGUUUGACAGAUGGGAGGGUGUUUCUGUCUGCAUCUGGAGAGGACAUGGUGUCUAUCCAAACUAAAGACACAACAGGGCUGAGGAUGCUGCAGAACGAUGGCGUGGAGGUGGUGCUGCUGAUCUCCAAUGAAGACCCUGUGACCCAAUCAAUGGCUGAGAAACUGAAGAAGGUGAUGGGCUGUGAGGUUAUGGACGUUGGGGACGAUCCACUGAAGGAUGUGCAGUCAGUAGUGGAGCAGAAGAGACUCGACUGGAAGGAUGUGGCCUACAUGGGUAAGGAAGUGUCUUUUAGUUGGUUUAGCUGAUGAAUAUUAUAUUUUAA